AUGAACGAUCCCGCACUCAAGAAAACCACAAUUAGAAUAACUGGCAGGCAACUGGUUGCGCUCCUCCAGCAAUUAGGAGCAAAGAUUGAGACCCCCACCGACGCCGGUCCACCCGAAAGCAUCGAACGAGUCAAAGAAGAACCGGAUCGCACAAUGGGAACCGGCUCAGGGACUCCGGAUAGCUACCCCGACAUUCGAGAAUGGACGGAGGACACAAUCCAGUCCAUCGGUGACGCCCUUCACCACCAGCGAGAGUGGAAAACCGAAUUCUCAGACGAAGAACCCGAACCAGACAUGGGGGACGCCAACUCGCCCACGACAAUGAUCGGGCCAAUGACGGAACUCGGAAAGAGGUUGCGCAGCUUCCCAGCCGAGCACCACGUUGAACCGCCCUGCAACCAAGAGAAUGUCGCUCCGCCGCAACAGGACGUCGACUGGAAGAAGAUGGUAUUCGUCUGCGCAUUCUGCAAAGGGAACAAUGUAGUUCGCAGCGCGGCCGAAACAUGGGAAACAGCGGCCAAGUACUUGCAGGGCUUUCCUCCCGGCGCAGUUCGAUACCAGACAUUCGCGGAAGAAACGGAAGCCCGACGCGAAUUCGGCAGAGCACUUAGGGAAGAGGAUGUCAUUCUAUUGGCAUAA